AUGUAUUUAUGGGCGCGUGCACUCGGCGGACGUCUUCUAAAUGAGAAUGACAGGCGUUACGUGGAGUUCGUAGCCGUCAUCUACCCAGGGAGGACCGGUCUUAGCCUGCGUAAACUGUCCAAGGCACCAAUUGUCAUAGCCAAUGUCCGUGAAGCUCGUGACGGCGAUACCAUAGAUGCGGUAUCGUGCAAUUCCGUUCAUUUUGGAUUUUGGCCGGAGUUUUUCAGAAAUAGUGUAAAUGAUUUUGAGUUCUUUGUAGUGUAG